UCCAAUCGCGACGGUGAUACAAAUUACGAUUUUGUCGUUUCGUUUAUUUUUUAACUUUCAUCGCUUCACAGAAUGAUGUUGUGUGCUAGUAAAUAGACCGAAGACAAUUUAAAAUAUUUUGUUUAGUGACACGAACUCAUUCUGUUAAAAUAAACCACUUUCACGUCGAUUAUUGUAAAGUGAAGUGCAUUUACAGCGGAAAUUCGAGGUUUCGACAGCAAACUUUAACUUGUUUUACGAGACAAAGCAGGGAGCUCGAGUGGUAAUUUGUGGAGCACUUGUCGCAGGAAGUUCGAGAUAUCAAAGAUGAUAAGUCUAUUUGUUCGUGCAAGCCUUGCACUACUCGUUUUCAACGCAUUGUUGACUCCUGCGGAAGCAUUUCGGAAUAGGGAGACAAACUAUGGCACUUAUGAAAGAGGCUACAACAGUGACAAUGGCUACCCUAAAACAGUAGUUGGUACUUCUUCUGGACUCCCUACACAGCCCCCUACUCGACGAGGCCUAGGCAUAUCGGCAUGGGGUAUAGUAUUUGUAGUUGUGGCCCUCAUCUUGGCGGGAAUGGGACUAUACUACUUUUCCAUCUGCUAUGGUAUCUGCAGACCAACCACGAAAAAGUAUGACAAAAUGGGCAUGCCCACUUUAGCUUAGUGUACAUAUUAUUGCCUGACUUGGCCCUGUGAUUAGAUAUUUUCCAAGUAUAGGAACUGAACACUGAUAGUGUUGUAACAAUUUUAUAUUCGAAAUUUAUUUAUAGCAAAUGCUGAUCUGUUGUAGCAUGUUAGCUAAUUUGUAAAUUAGUGUAAAACAAGGACUGACAAUGUCUCGAAAAUGGGAACAUAAUUGUAACAUUCCCGCAUAUUAUUAAGGUAAAUAUUAAGAGAAUGAAUUAUUUUUAAAAUAUUAAAAUGUCACAAAUGUUAGAUUUUUACCAAUGAGGCCACAGAAUGAAUGAACAUAUCCUGUAGCAAUUAAAAAAGUAAGCCUAGAAAGUAAGGUUGUGACCUACAUUUACAAUUUUUAUAAGCAGUUAAUGCAUUUUUUGAUAAAUUUUAGGGUGCUAAUUUGGGAUAAAUUUAAUGGCUUUAUUAUCACAAAAGACUGUUUCGGACCAAUAAGAAACAAAAUCAUAUACAUAUCUACAUUUUUGUAGUAGUUUAGAUGAUAUUUAUUCAUAGCGUCUGUACCAUUAAUGUGUUCAUUGAUGGUUGGCGAUUUUAAUAAUUAAAUAUUAGAUGAAGUUUUAUGACUGGUAAUUAGCAGGAUUAUCUACAAUAGUAAUUACCUCAGACCAACUAGGUGCCAUACAAACGAGUACAUCACCAUAUUUUCCUCAUUUUGUGUUGACACCGUUCUGUUGUAAUCUAACUUUAUUUAAGAUGGAUGUGAGUCACUGUUAUCAAAAAGGCAACAACUGCAUAAGAUAAAUUCACUAGACUGACUGAUUUUACAAUUCAUGAUAAAAACUUACUACGAGAAAGUGAUAAAAUCAAUUAUUUCGCUCCAGCUGUGCAGAAAAUUGUGGAUUGCAACAAUAUGAAAUUCUUUUUAUUUAAUAGAAAAACUAUUUUGUAAUUUAUUAAACCAUUGUUAAUAAUUAUGAUUGUGUUAUCAGCCAGUGUUACUGGAAUUAGAAUGAGAUAGAAUUCAACACAUUAUAUAACUUGUUAUGUAGAGCUAUUAGCUUGUCUCAUAGACAUUAAUUAAGCCAAUUAAGCCUUUUUAUCAAUGUAAUCCAACAUGAUACUGCCUGAACAUAAAUCCUAUAAUAUGUAAGACUGUACACAAACUAGAAUAAGUAAAUCAUAAUGUUCAAAACCAAUGCUCAAAUAAAUAUUGUUAUGUACACGA